CCGUCCCUCGCGCUUUCAGAUGAUUUGAAACCUACCCAUUAUUGAUUCACCUCUGCCGAUGAGAAAACAGAAAAAAAGAAGAGGUAUUCUCCCGAGUUACCUCAUUUGCUACUUGCAGCAAAUCCAGCUCUCUGCUUUCUGAGUUUGGCUGAAUCGGACGUGAAUUUGCUUCAAUGGGUUUUGGCAAAGCAUCUCUCCGGUGCCUCUUUUUGUUUUCUUUCCUCAAUCCCAGACUCCCAUUGCUGCAGUGCUGUCACCCGCCGAAUCACAUCACAUCACAUCACCCUAAAUUUGUCUGAAUGCGGCAGAGGACACCUCCAGCCGUUACAAAUAGCUUCAUCCCAUCCCCAUGUAAACUACACUCUCUUCUUUGCUUCACCAUCGCAAUAACUCCCCUGGCUUUGUCUUCACUAAAUCCGUCCGUAGAUAGCGUUUGAUCGAUCGGAGAGAUGGGAGAAGCCGAUCAGCAGCCGGCCGGCCUGAAGCUAAGUGUCAUGGGACUCGAAGCAGGGGAACCCACCACCGUCGCCGAAAUGGUCACGGAUCCCAGAGCCCGCCGGAUGUGGUGGAUUCGAGUCUCCAUGUACAUAGCCUUCGUUAUCGCCGGACAAUCGGCGGCGACGCUGCUCGGAAGACUCUAUUACGCGAAGGGUGGCAACAGCAAGUGGAUGGCGAGCCUCGUCGAAUGCGGCGGCUUCCCGGUCCUCAUCCCUCUCUACAUCCUCACCAAGAAAAACUCGCCGCCGGCGAACAGCAACAGCAAUUCCACCUCCCCUGUUUCCCUUCCGAUCCUGACACUCGCUUACACCGUCAUGGGGAUUCUGAUUGCCGGAUUCAGCUUGCUCUACUCCGUGGGACUGAUGUACCUUCCAGUGUCAACCUACUCCUUAAUCUCCGCAUCCCAAUUAGGGUUCAAUGCCCUCUUCUCCUUCUUCAUCAAUUCCCAGAAAAUCACCGCCUACAUCCUCAAUUCCCUCGUCCUCCUCACUCUCUCGUCAAUUCUCCUCGUCUUCGAAAACCCUAGCUCCGCCGAAUCGUCCCAAUCGGGUUCCUCGCGGCGCAAUUUUGCGAUUGGGUUCCUCUCCACGGUCGGGGCAUCCGUCGGGUACGGACUCUUGCUAACCCUGACCGAGUUCUUCUUCGAGAAGGUGGUGAGGAGGCGGACGUUCAAAGUGGUGGUGGACGUUCUGGUGUACCCGCCGGCGGUUGCGAGCGCGGCGGUGGUGGCGGGGCUGUUCGGCAGCGGGGAGUGGAAGGGAAUUGGGAAGGAGAUGGAAGGGUUUGAAUUGGGGAAAGCUUCGUACGUGAUGACGUUGGUGUGGACGGCGGUUUGUUGGCAGGUGUUCUCGAUUGGGUGCGUGGGGUUGAUAUUCGAGGUGUCGUCGCUGUUUUCGAACGUUAUCGGGACGUUUGGGCUGCCGGUGGUGCCGAUUCUGGCGGUGGUUACUUUUAGGGACGAGAUGGGUGGUUUGAAGGUGAUUGCUAUGGUUUUGGCGGUUUGGGGGUUUGUUUCGUAUCUCUAUCAACAUUACCUUGACGACCGUGAUGAUUCGAGGUCCAAGUUUGAGAGUGACGGUGGCCGGAGCUCCGGCGGGGGAGAUGAUCAGGAGACUCUGGGAGAUGGCUUGUUAGUCUAGAAAAAAUGUGUAGUGUGGACUGUGGAGGCAGCAUAUGAUUCUAUGUUUCCUGCUCUACGGUUUCGUUAUUUGAUGUGAAUAAGGUGAUGAGAAAGUAACAUGUGUAGUAUUUUUCAUUUAAUUGUUGCAAGUUUUCAUUUAAUUGUUGUAAGGUUAUUGAGGUUUGUAAUCAUGUAGAGGCAUUGCAAUGUACUGGUCAAAUAUAUAUUAGGGACAUCAAAAUUGUAUUUAAGUAAUUUUUUACAUAAAAUUAUUAACUUUUCUGAAGGGAAGGGCC